AUGGUAUCUACAACGGCAUCGAAAUUUGGCGUUCGAUUUCCGUCGCGUAAAGAAAGAACAGUGAAACGAGUUACGAAAUGUGAAACGCGAGAAAUUCAAAAACGUUUAGAACCGCCAAAACCAGCGCGUGUUCGGCCGCCGCCCAAACCGAAAGCACCGAAAAAGCAGUUACCACCAGCCACACUCAGUAAGCCAAACAAACCUCCACGUAUGGCUGGUGGUCGUGGCUUCGAGCGACAAGCUGCAUCAUCGUCUUCCCAAGCAUGUUCUUCGAAAACAUCUAAAUCAUCAGCGUCUUCCAUGUCUGCAACGCGGACUCUUCAAGCAACAGAUUUAGAAAAGUUAACACGUCUAACUUGCUCACGAGAAUUUAGUCUCUUCCAUAAAUAUAUCAAACCCGAGUUAUCGAGAUCGUAUGAAAAUCAAUUAGGUUUUCUACAAACCAAAUUACAACAUCUCAAAAACGAAUUUGUUAAUAAACAAGCCGAACACUUGAAUUUCGAGCAGAUUCGCGAUUAUUACAACGAAGCAGUCAAAGAAAACAUUCGUCGACAUAUCAAACCAGACGAGUACUUAACAUUGGCUGAGAAACUUAAACAAGAUGCAAAACAAGCGAUUGAUAAAUGGCUGCGAAAGAAAGAAUUUAAGCCGCAAAAACAGCUAACUGAAUACUUACAACGCCGUCAAGCACGUAUUCGUGACCGAAUCAAGGAAACAAUGGAAGAGGUGAAGCGACAACAACAACAACAGCGAACAGCUAAGGACGGAGAAAAUGAAUUGACCGAGAGUUCGAUUGUAAUUACAUCUGUAUCAACAGUAGACACUUUACCACUCGAGCCAACAGUAAUUGAAAUUGAAGAUGACGACAUAAUGAUAAUUGAUUAG